AUGGCGCCGAAAUCCGCGGAGAAAUUCGCAUAUCAUAGGCUUCACGAUGGCGAACAGUCUAUAGAAGAAGCCUUGCCGGACGAAAGUGGGCGGGAAAUACGCCAUGCGGAACGGUGUCACCUUGUCAAGAUACUCUGUGUCUGUGCUAUACUCGGUAUCGCUCUUGUCUUCAUGUGGAGCGCGGUCGUGCCACGAAAUGGUAGCUCACACCGACGGAGGCCGUUGAGGUUCACCGAGGAUGGGACAUUUCGGAUCACCGUGUUUGCGGAUUUACACUUUGGAGAAAAUGCAUGGGACUCCUGGGGCCCUCAGCAGGACCUCAGCACCGCCAAGAUCAUGGGUGAUAUCCUCGAUGCCGAAUCUCAGGAACUGGUCGUUCUCAAUGGCGACUUGAUCACUGGUGAAAAUACCUACGCUCACAACAGCUCCAAAUAUGUCGACCAAAUCGUUGCUCCGAUAGUAAACCGAGAUUUGCCUUUUGCUUCCACUUAUGGUAACCAUGACUCUGCCUUUAAUCUGUCUCGAGAGCAGAUCCUCGCUCACGAACAUCGCUUUCCUGGUUCUCUCACGAAGCAAAUGGUCUUCGGCCGUCAAGCCGGUGUAUCCAACUACUAUCUGGAAGUGUUCCCUUAUAAUAACAACAAAGUCCCCAGCCUACUGCUCUGGUUCUUCGACAGUCGCGGCGGCCACUACUACCAAGAAAAAACUCCCGACGACAACCUAGUCGCGCAACCCAACUGGGUCGAUCGCAGCGUCGUCGAAUUCUUCACCACCACCACCAACCACCUGAACCAUAAGCACGGCAAAAUCAUCCCUUCCCUCGCUUUCGUCCACAUCCCCACUAACGCCAGCGCCGCUUUACAAUCCGAAGACGGCGUCCAUCCACAUCGACAACCCGGCAUCAACGACGACUACAUUCUCGCCCCACAAUCCCAAGGCUGGUGUCCCCACGAUGGAACUGCAGAAUCCGAUUGUACCUACGGCGGCCAAGACGCACCCUUCAUGCGCGCCCUCGUAUCCACACCCGGUCUCAUGGCCGUAUUCAGCGGUCACAAUCACGGAGAUACAUGGUGUUAUCAAUGGAACCAUUUAGUUUCCGGGAUGGAAAUCGCGGGAAAUGGAAUCCAUUUGUGCUUCAAUCAACAUUCGGGUUAUGGUGGUUAUGGAUCUUGGGAACGAGGUUCGAGGCAGAUUUUGGUGAGAGAGGAUGAUUUGAAUUUGGAGACGUGGAUUCGGCUGGAAAGUGGAAAUGUGGUUGGGGCUGUGAUGCUUAAUCGUACGUAUGGGGAAGAUGAGUAUCCUGCUACGCCGAAUACGGAGACGAGGUGUCCGAUGUGUGAUUUGUAG